UAUGAGCACUACGCUGCUUAUGCAAUCGAAACGUGCAAUUCCACGAAACAAAGCAAAUACUACAUACUUAGCGUUGAUAAUCUAGCUGGCCCUCCUAUUAACCUUCAUAAAACAGCUCGGGGGUUGAACAUGAUUAGGCCGAAACAAUAUUGCUAAAUAACAUAUUCGAACAGAAAAUUGUACGUUUAUUGUACUUACAUGUCGCAAAGAAAAACUCUAACGCAUAAUGGAACACUCGGAAGAAACUAACAGUAUGGGAACGGUAGUAGUAUCAACGCAAGCCACUUCAGACGAAGAACCAUCGCAAUUUGUGAACAUAGAAGAUUUUGAACAAAUUCCGAUUAUAAGCGUUAUGAAUGUUGAAAACAAUAAUUCUACCUCAAACACGAAUGAAAACGAAACCCCCGCGGAUGAUACAUUUACGUGCCAACAACUUAUACAGAAGUAUGCAAGCUCUAAUGCCGAUAUACUUGAAUUGUAUGCGUUGCUUAAUAGCUGGAAUCUAGGAGAUCUGUUCCCGUAUUGCUGUCGCCAACACUUGUACGUCGGUGUGCUGAGACAUCUUACUCCGGAAAUGGCUAUAUCAAUUUUGAACCAACCGUGUAUCCCUCUGGGGGCACAAGUUGAAUUCUAUCACCACUGGCACAACUGGAUGGAAUCUGCGCGUUCAACAAUCGACGUCGAGAAAGCCGAAUGUAAUCCUGAAAACGAUUUAACAUUACGAGCAAAUCUUCGAUGAACGAAUCAAAUUCAGCACAACAGUCCAGAGCUAUGGAAGCUCCGCUUGAUUUGAACACCAUAUUAAAGUCAAAUCAGUAUGGUUUAAAUUUGAUUGCUACAUUCAACCGGGACAAAAUUCUCAACGAUAAUCUUCGCAAGCUGAUGUUGGAAUCCAUCCUUCAGUUCUGUAUUGAAAACAAACACGAUUUAACAGUCAAAGACUGUUCUGUAUUGGCGGCACAAAUAGUCCAGGUUUUUCCAGGAGAAGUAAUGGUAUGUAUAAUGGACACUCCACUUCACUAUCUUUAUCUCUUUUGAUUUUGAGUGUAAACAGCGGACGGAAAAGCUGAGUUAGUAAAAAGUAACCUUAUUUGAAAUUGUUUAGCGCUCUCUGUAUUUGGCAACUUCGUGAGAGCGAGCUAUUGUCAGCUACUGAUUAAUAGAUUUGAAGAACCUUACAAUCAGUUCAGGUUGAGCAUGAUACAUAUACAUAUACAAUAUAUGGCUGUGUUCCAAUUGAAGACGCGCAAGGCAAUUGGUGAAUGAACCAGU